CGAAAAAGUUCCCAGUCCACAGAUUUUGACGCGAAUUUGCGACCAAAUCGGCGACAGAGCCAUCGGCGCAACCUUGACGGGUCAGAAACACAAUACAAUGGCAAAGCGCACUGCCGAUGAAGAGACCACCGGCCCUCUCAAGGCCGGCGGGCGCCCCGACGCUAUGGAUGUCGACGACAAGCCCGCCGAGAUGGGGGAAUUCGAGGACGAAUUCGAGGAUGAAUUCGAGAGCGAGGACGAGAUCAUCGAGGCCGGCGUCGAUGGGAGGCCAGAUGCUGAGCGAGAGGCCGAAGAGGCAAUGGACGUCGACUCCGCUGCUCCCGGGACCUUUAUCGUUGGUAGAACAAAACUCGAGCCCGGCCAGACCCUCUCCCCCGAUCCGACAACAUACCGGAUGUUGCACAACCUCAGCACCCCGUGGCCAUGCCUCUCCUUUGACAUCAUACGCGACGGUCUGGGCGACAACCGCAGUGUGUAUCCCGCGACCAUGUAUACCGUCUCCGGAACGCAAGCCGAGAGCACAAAGGCUGGCGACAACUCCAUCAUGGUCAUGAAGUUCAGCGGUCUUAGCAAGAUGCAGGGCGCCGACGGCGACGAGUCCAGCGACGAGGAGGACGAAGACGAGGACGCGGACCCAAUUCUAGAACACAAAAGCAUUCCUCUCAAUACCACUACGAACCGGAUACGAGCCCACCACACGCCGUCUCAGGACCCGUCGAAACCGCCGACAACCCUCACCGCGACAAUGACCGAGUCGACCAACGUCUUGAUCCACGACAUCACGCCCCAUCUUGCCUCCUUCGAUACUCCGGGUACCGUUAUCACGCCCCAACAAAAUAAACCUCUCAGCACGAUCCGCGCCCACAAGGCGGAGGGGUACGCCGUGGACUGGUCGCCACUCCAUCCCGCAGGCAAGCUCCUGACGGGCGACAACGACGGCCUGAUCUACGUCACAACACGGACCGACGGCGGCGGUUUCGUGACCGACACGCGCCCCUUCCAGGGCCACACGUCCAGCGUGGAGGAGAUCCAGUGGAGCCCCUCCGAGGCGUCCGUCUUCGCGUCCGCGUCCAGCGACGGCACCAUCCGGGUCUGGGACGUGCGCAGCAAGGGCCGCAAGCCCGCGCUCUCCAUGCAGGUUAGCAACGUGGAUGUAAACGUCAUGUCGUGGUCCCGACAGACGACACACCUGUUAGCCUCGGGUGACGAUGCGGGCGUGUGGGGGGUGUGGGACCUGCGGCAGUGGAAGCCGAGCGCGGGCGCAAAUGCCGCGUCGGCGCUGCAGAGGCCGAGCCCGGUUGCCAGCUUCAAUUUCCACCAGGAGCAGAUCACGGGCGUUGAGUGGCACCCGACAGACGACAGUAUUGUGGCCGUCUCGGCGGGUGACAACACGGUUACCUUGUGGGAUCUGGCGGUUGAGUUGGAUGACGAGGAGAGCAAGGACACUGCGGGCGUGCAGGAUGUGCCGCCGCAGCUGUUAUUUGUGCACUACCAAAACCAGGCCAAGGAGGUGCAUUGGCAUCCGCAAAUACCGGGCAUGCUGGUGGCGACGGGCGAGGAGUUUAGCGUGUUUAGGACGAUCAGCGUGUAGGAGAUGAGGGUGCAAAAAUGAACUUGGGCAACAGUAUGCAAUGUGUGGAUGUUAUGAUCCUCAAGAGCUAUUAGGGGGAGACUGAUAGAUCUCAUAUUAAGGCGCAUGAACAACUUGUUGCAUCAUGUUAGCUCCAUACACACUCAAUCCUCUCAGCAGUCACAACACUCAAUCACGGCACCACACCGCAAACAACUUGCCCCCCUCAAAUCAUCUUCCAUUCAUCUCUUCCGCCUUCCUUCCUUAAACCAAAACCCAAGCGCAUACAUGCAUCAUAGCCGUCCCAAUACCGCCAACAUCAACCCGCAAACCAACCCCUUAAAUGCACCUCUACUCCCCCAAUCACUAUACAUGAAGCCCAAGCUCACU